GUGUGCGGCCAGAUUUAAGAACCGGUGCUGUCUGUAAUCCAGUGUUCACCAAAAUCACCUGUGCAGCUCGUGAAACGCGGCUCCGCGAGCGGCACCCGACUUGCAUUAGGCCGGGGUAGGGGAACCGGGACAGGUGGUCCGGGCCCCAGGCCCCGCCCCCGCGCUCCGCAGCUCUUGCCGCCGCAGGUGCGGGAGAUGAAAGGCCGCACCGCCCCCAGCCCGCCGCCCGCCGCCAUGGAAGCAGCGCCCGCCUCGGCUCUCCUGAGCGUCCCGCAGGCCGAGGUGCUGGAGGACGUGCUGCGGGAGCAGUUCGGGCCGCUGCCCCAGCUGGCCGCCAUCUGCCGGCUCAAGCGGCUGCCCUCGGGCGGCUACUCCUCGACCGAGGACCUCCAGUUGGUGCUGGAGCGGCGGCGCGUGGCCAACGCCAAGGAGCGCGAACGGAUAAAAAAUCUCAACCGUGGUUUUGCCAAACUGAAGGCGCUUGUGCCAUUUCUUCCCCAAAGCAGGAAGCCUAGCAAGGUUGAUAUCCUUAAAGGUGCAACUGAAUACAUACAAGUUCUCAGUGAUGUUUUGGAAGGAGCCAAAGACUCAGAGAGACAAAAUCUGGAUCACCAGAGCUAUAGCAACAAUGUUUCUGAACCACCUAUAUCAUUGGCUAGAGAUCUAUCGAGAAACAUCACCCAACAUGCCAGCUGUACUGUGGGCUUGAAGAACGAGGAGGAGAGGCCCUGGGCAGAUGGUGGCAGUGGUGAGUCAGCACACACUUGUCGCCAGAGCAUGAUGUCCACGACCGGAGUUAUCUCCCCAACCAGGAGUCUGGAUAGAUUCCUAGAAGUGGAAGUCCUGAGUCACAGGCUCCCCCAAGUAUGAAAAGUGAAAAGUGCCAGCCCAGGGCUACCUUCUAGAGACAAAUAAAUGCAGUCUUGAAAGUC